UUCAAAGUGAAUUGAGAAUUAUAAACAACAGAAAGUAAAGGUGGUAUAUAAUGAUAUAAGCCAUGGACGAAGCAAAUGAUGGUUGUAAUCAAUCUCAAUCCAAGAUGUCCAUAUCAGCUAAAACGCCUCUUUCGGACAUAGCGCAGGCGAUCGAGGAGCUGUCAGAGUUGUUGGAGUCUCAGACCAAGGAUCCAAAACUUCCGUUAGACACGUUUUGUGAAGCAUGUUCUUUAGUUUCUGUUCUGUUCAGCUGCCUCGGCCUUGCCUUCAAAUUCGCCGAGUUGGAGUACGUCGCCAAGGUACAUGAUCUUGUGGAGGCAUCCAAGAGGUUUGAUACCUUAGACGAUGUACUUGAUCUCGAUGUUGCUAACCACACCGUGAAACAACCAGGAAGCCAUUCACGGAACCUGCGUCGAGUUCGGCAAGGCCUUGACCUCAUCCGCGCUUUAUUCGAAGAAUUCGUGUCAUCUGACGAUUACUCUUUGAAGAAUGCUGCAUCAGCAGCUUACGCUCAAGUGUGUGCACCAUACCACACAUGGACUGUCAGGACUGCUGUUUCUGCAGGAAUGUAUACUCUUCCAACAAGGGACGAACUUCUUCUCAAGCUCAACGAAACAGAUUAUACAGUAGAAAAGAAAAUGAGAAGGUAUAUCAAAGCUGCGCGCCCAGUUAUAGCGUACAUUGAUAAGCUUUAUAUCUCUAGGAUGAUCGCCUUGGACUGGUGAUUAAUUAUAUCAACAGGGGGAGUG